GAACUUUGUCGGCAUUCUAAAUGCUGAAUGAACAUUAGUAGUGCCACCACUUAAUUUAUAACGAAUGUACCGAAAGCAUUACCUUUUGGCAGAGCGAAUGAAUUUUUGGGUAUUUCUGGUAAUUCUACUUACAUAUAGACUACUAGACUACUAGACUGUUAGGCUACGUGGGGAUAUUUUGGACAUGCCGCUAGUGCAUAGCCACUUUGCUCGUUUUUGGAGCAAGUUUAUGUUCAUUAAAUAAAACAAGUAAAUUACCUCAUCCACAAAGAAAAAUGUCUAAACAUGUGGUUAUUGGUGGUGGGACAGGCUUUAUAGGAUCAGCUUUAGUGGACACAUUUAGAAUAUUUGGUGUGAAUACUACUGUUGUCUCACGAAUGCCUGGUCCUGGCAGAAUUACUUGGAAUGAGUUAGAACGGUGCGGUCUACCUGAAGAUAUAUCAGCUGUAAUUAACGUGGCUGGACAGAAUAUUCUUGAUCCAAGAUGUAGAUGGACUCCAGGCUUUAAACAAAAUGUAUGGAAUAGCCGUGUCUAUACUACAAAAACUCUGGCUAAAGCAGUUGUACAUACCAAGGCUGAAACCUUUGCCACUAUAUCAGGAGUUGCUUACUACAAGCCUAGUGAGAUUGAAUACACGGAGGAUUCCAAAUGUGAAAAAUAUGACUUUUUAUCAGAACUUUGCCAUGAGUGGGAAAGAGCAGCUGAACUUUCUACAAACUCCAACAUCCGACAAUUUACCAUACGAUCUGGUGUUGUACUAGGCAGAAAAGGUGGAAUGAUAGGUCAAAUUUUUCUACCAUUUUAUUUUGGCUUAGGGGGUCGUAUUGGUACUGGUAAACAGUAUAUGCCCUGGAUACACAUAAGGGACUUAAUCAAUCUAUUUCUCUUUGCAAUAGACACUAAAGAUGUCAGUGGAAUAUUAAAUGGUGUAGCACCUCAGAUUAUCACAAAUGAACAAUUCACAAAAGCAUUUGCAGCUGCACUUUGGCGACCAGCUGUGAUACCAGUUCCCACAUUCUUAUUAAACAUGGCUUUCCAUAAAGAACGAGCAAAGAUUAUGACCGAAGGUCAGAAAGUGAUACCAAAACGUGUCUUAGAUGCAGGAUACGAAUAUGAGUUUCCAAACAUCGAUGCAGCUUGUAAACAAUUUGCAAAGUUAAUAUACAUAGACGACUUGUUUUAAGCAAAAGUAUAUAAUAGUAAGUGAGUAAAAGUUUGCAAAGUUCAAAGAUGUCGCGAUCCCUCUAUAAAGUCAAUAGAGAUAUUGUUAUUUCUAGUUACGAAGUAACAUUAUUAAGUUUAAAGAAACUUAACAAACUACUAAGUUUCUUCACACCAUAAUUAAAAUAGACAUAAGUUGUUAGCUGACUAUUUAUUGUCAAAAAAGAAAAAAAGUAAUACAAAAAUAUACGUAUAUAUUACAAA